UAGUCGAAAGCACUGGUGGUCCAGUUGCUAAGUGCAAAUUAUGUGGUAUAUUAUUAAGGAAUCAUUAUUAAUAAUAAUUGAAUAAUUUACCCUGUCUCUAGCACGUCUUUACCUAAGACGCGGCGCUAAAGAGGGGGAAAAAACAUCCCACGAUCUGACUGCACUGAUUCGGCUUUGGGUUAUCUAGUGAAAUUCUGGUGGUUUGAGAGACCGCUCAGUUUUAGUGGUUUCUGGUGGUUUGCACGGCCGCAUUUGGUGGGCUGGUAAAAAUAAAGUUGGCAACACUGGUACUGACUUUACUGACAUUUGUUCGAGUUGAUCGCUUCAAUACAAUAGAUAAUCUGAAAAAAACGUAUAUUAUAAUUAUAAUAGUCUUGUUUUCUAAGAGUAUCCUCAACAUUACGGUACGCUUAGUUUUGUUUAUAAAUUUAAAACAUUAUGGCUAUGCCAUUGCCGAUACCACCCUGUGCUAAAAGGGAUGGUCUCAGCGGCCUAGGAUGUGAACGUUUUGAAUAUGCAAGUACGAUGGCUACAUCAUUGCUUGCACCGGUUAAAACCGAACGAGAAAUUCUUGAGCAUUCAAUGUCGGAGGACGACCCGAAUGCUAACACCCAGCUGCCCAGUGUGGUUGGCUCGCAACCUCGCUGGGGCCCACGACAUCGCGGCGCUCAAGAACUAGCUGAGCUCUACAGUCCAGGCAAGAGACUGCAGGAAUGGGUGUGUGUGGUGGUUUGUUGUACCUUGUGCAUAUGCGCCGGAAUCCUCAUGGCCAGACACAUUCGGCCAGAUGCGUCACUAUUACUAGCUGCCAUUGCUGGCGUUCUAACAGCAGAUUUUGCUUCUGGCGUAGUGCACUGGGCUGCUGACACAUGGGGAGCGGUUGAUCUACCUCUUAUAGGCAAAAAUUUCCUAAGGCCGUUUCGGGAACACCACAUCGACCCUACGUCGAUAACUCGUCAUGACUUCGUUGAAACGAAUGGUGACAACUUUGCUAUAACCAUACCGGUAUUAGGACGGAUCGUAUGGCAACUGCUCACAUACGAUGAUGAAUUUAUAGAUGAACAGUUCCGGUGGAUUGCCUAUUGGUAUCUUUGCUGUAUUUUUGUAGCAAUGACUAAUCAGAUACAUAAAUGGUCUCAUACGUACUUUGGACUACCUACGUGGGUGGUAUGGCUACAAGAGUGGCACGUAGUGCUGCCGCGCCGCCACCACCGCAUCCAUCACGUCGCGCCGCACGAGACUUACUUUUGUAUUACCACUGGUUGGCUUAACUGGCCAUUGGAGAAACUUCGAUUCUGGUCUACGUUAGAAGCCAUUAUUGAGGCCUUGAGUGGUUGUAAACCACGCGCAGACGACAUGAAGUGGGCACAAAAACGUUCGUAGGACGCAUUCACUUGACAUAGUUUUUAUAAGUACAAAAUCGUCCACAUCUACAAAAUCAAUUAUUAUACCUACCUUUUUGCUAAGAAGGCUACACAAGCUACGUAUUGUGAUUCAUUGACAUUGCUUGUGUUCAUAUUUAAUUAUCUACCUUCUGAUAAAUGUUUUCCUUUACCUAAGUAUUCAAUAUAUAUUAACCACCAGUCCGCACUGGGCCCGCGUGGUGGUUUAAGGCCCGAUCUCCCUAUCCAUCCCUAGGGAAGGCCCGUGCCCCAGCAGUGGGGACGUUAAUGGGCUGAUGAUGAUGAUGAUGAAGUAUUCAAUAAUUAGGUGUAUUUUUGUUGUAUUACCUAAAGUAAUACUUUAUAAGCAUUAUUGUUUUAAGGACCUAUACAAAAUAUAUUACAGAAUACUGAAUAUUGUAUAAGGAAGCUCUGUUUGCCUAAAAGUCUGCAACAGACUUGAAAUAGUGCCUAGAGGUUUCGAACGCGAACCCUGUGUGACGGUAGCUUAGCUUGCUAGCCGUGCGAUGCGCGGCGUACGAGUGAGGUGGCGCACGGCGCCUCACGGUGCUGGAUCAUGUGUUUGAGAUGGUCAAAUUAGGUUUAGUACUUUCAGGUUUGAACGUAACUAAUAUAUAUACCAACUGCGAGUCGUUUUAUACUGCGACCUACAAUGUUUGAUUAAUUUAUCGUUAAAUAAGGUAUUUUUAAAAGCACUGAUUGUGUGUUAUUGUUAAUUGUGAUUAUUAGAUUAAAGCACAUUGUCCAUCACAAAAACGAAUUCUUAUCAUCAAUUGUUAUCCAAUGGCAAUUUGAAAUGUAUCAAAAACCUAGUCAUUUGGACACAAAAUAAAAUUGUGCUAUUAAAGUGCCUCUUGAAUGAUUGUUUGUCAUAUUAUAAAAGACUUCAUAAACAAUGACAAUACUAGUUUUAUGAUUUUGCCAGUGAUAAUUUUAGUUACUAUGUUAUAUAGCUAUUACAGAAGCAAUAUAAACCGUGCUUUUUUACAUGAUUAAAUAAUAUAAUCGCAUUUCGCAGGAAAAAGCCAUGUUGAAGACAGGAUAGUUCUUAAAAAACACAAAUUUUAAAUAAGUAAUAUUUUUUAUACAGUUUCGCUUAACUUUUUACUGGAACGAAGUGACUCAUUUUUAUAAAAACUCAUUUAAGUAUUAGAUAAAUUCGCACAUACUAUCUUAAUUGGGCGUCAUAUUUUGAUGUAUCUUAUCGAAAACCCAGAUUACCUCUUUCUUCAAUAAAUGGAUUGAAUUUGUGCCUACGUAUCUAGGUAAUAAGAAUAAUAAGCUUAGUCUUUUAAAGUAUUUGUAAUGCAGCUUACGAUUAACGUGUAAUAAUUAAAAAAGGGAAAAGCCUGAAACAAAGAAAAUCAAACAUGAAUUUUGUACCUUUACGUAAUUAUAGAAAAAUGCGGACCGGUUAUUUGACAAGUUUAUGUUUUUGCACAAUGGAAUUAGUAUAACUAUUCAUUGUGAAUUGCACAAUGUCGUUGUAAUUAUGAAUGUUUAAACUUGCAUUUUUGUAUUAUAUGGUUUAUUUCACUA